CCUUAUGGGUUCUCGCUGAGGUCCACUUGGAUUUAAGUAAACUAAUCGUGCGAUAUUGUGUUCAAUAAUCUUGGAGGAUAGAUUUCAAGUUUUCAAAAGUGUUUUCAACAAUGUUUGGAGUUUGGUGCCUCACCCUCCUGCUCUGCCUCGGCUACUCAGAGGCUCAUCAGUACUACCAGGAUAGGAUCCCCAACGGUCACCAUGUGCCCCACCCCUGCAUCCCCACCUACGGGUGGCCCGGGGUCGGGCAUCAGAAUCAGGACGGGGGAGGUGCAAGGAAUCGGUUUGGUGAGGACUUUGCCACUGCUGGGCACAAGUGGACACAAGAGCUCUGCCGCAAUGACUCGGACAAUGACGGGCUGACCAAUGGCCAGGAGCUUGGGGACCCCGACUGUGUCUGGACCCCCCACGCCAACCCCACCCGCGUCGAAAACGUCACACACCCGGGGGUCUGUGAGCCGGUGGACGGUCCCGGGUGCCAGAACAGAAGCAGCUACGUCUCCUGUCAGCGGGAUGCCUUUGAGCUAUGUGACGCAAUCCGCUCCCCUGACGUGAGAAACAUGACCUUGACCUUGACCCGCGUGACCAUCCCGCCCACGGGCACCAGCUACAUCUGCCAGAGCUUCGACCUGCCCAGCGACCAGAGCUACCAUAUCGUGGCUGACCAGCCGAUAGUGGACAACAGGGAGCUGCUGCACCACAUGUUGCUGUUUGGCUGUCUGGACGAAGCCACCGACCCAGUGGGCAGCUCCCACCCCCAUCCAUGUGAGAUGAGCCCUGACCAAUGCACGAGCAUCAUUGGCGGAUGGACAGUGGGACAGUCAGGAGGGUGUUACGACGAGUCUAUUGGUUUUAGAAUAGGGGAGGAAGGUUUCAGCCGGGUCGUACUACAGAUCCACUACGACAAUUCCAAUAAUCCCAGCAAUGAGACCAACAUCACCGACGCCAGCGGUCUCCGACUCUACUACAGACCCGCCAUGCCGACGGUCCAGGAUCUAAUCACAUUCGUCGUAGGUCAAGAAGAGUUGCAGAUACCCCCUGGACAGAGCCGAGUUGAACAAUCUGCUGUCUGCCCUAGUGACUGUACCAGCAUAAUCCUAAAGAAACCUGCUUUCAUUGUCAGCGUCCACAACCACAUGCAUUACCUGGGUCGAGAAAUGAACGUGAGUUUGUACAGGAACGGUAGCAAGGUCAAGGAUCUGAGCAAAGGCGAUUUCAGUUAUGAUUCGCCCGUCACUCACAGCCACAACCCCCCUGUCCCUAUUUACCCCGGGGACGAGCUGCGAACGACCUGUGCCUACAGCUCCCUCACCUCCAAGAACAAUGUCACCUACGGCAGGGGGACGGCGGACGAGAUGUGCUACGGUUUUUUGAUCAUGUACCCCAGGGACGCCAUUAGGACACGCAAUCCUAGCUGCAUCAGUUCCGGAAACCUCUCACAAUGCCAGCGGCCCCUCGACGGAUGUCCGUUGUUCGAAUUUGGUAAUGGUACCGAUCCCACCGCCCAGACCAUUUUCACCAACCUGACCGACCACUGCAUCAAUGACAGCGUUUGCAGACCAGAAUGCCGGAAGCUUGUGGACGACCUCAAGACACGCCCAUGUUUCCAGGGGGAGCCACUGGAGCUGCUGCCACUUUACCUGGCUAAGACCGAGUGGGGCCGGGAGUUCCUGACCCGUCUGGGAUCCUAUCUGAAAAGCGACCCCCGGGACAGACCCUGCACCAGAGGUGCCGCUAUACGAAACGCCCCUGAAUUUGUGAUCCUUGCAACAGCUGUCAUUGCUUAUGUUAUGAAUCUUGUAAAAGUUGAUCUGCUGUGGUGAAUCUUCUAGAGGUUGAUGAAUAAAAGAUGUCAUAGGGUUCAUCCAUAAAUGACGUCACGCUUUUUUGGACGAUUUUUACCUCCCCCUUCUCCUUCGUCACACUUCGUCACAAAAAGUCAGACCCCCCCCCCCCCUAAAAUGACGUCACACCUCAGUCUACAACCCCCCUCAAAAUCGCUGUUGAAUUUUUCUUAAAACAUCGAUAUUUUUCCAAAAUCUUGUCAGAACUCCGUCAAUAUAGGAGUAUUUUGAUCAGUUCCUAUUACAAUUUAUUAAAACAGUUUUCUAAAACACGAAAUAACGUUUAAAAUUCUUUUUCUAACAUUGCUUUUUUAUAAUGAAAAAGUGUGACGUCGCACUAUCUGAACCUCCCCUCCCCCUCAUCACACAACGUCACAAAAUUACGGACCCCCCCCCAUCCCCCUACGAAUGUGACGUCAUUUAUGGACGACCCCUUACUUCUGUGAUGAAACUUCUUAAUGUUGAUCAGAAAGAAAGUGAUAAAAUAAUGACAAACUGUUUUGAAUAUUUUAAAUUAAUCUACUUUGUGCCUUUUAUGCCAAAUGCCAUAUCAUAUGCCUUAUGCCUCAUACUAAAUGCCUUUUGCCUUCUGCCUUUUUCCAUAUGCCUUUUGCUUUAUGCCUUGUGCCCUAUGUUUGUCUUAUGUCUUGUAUCUGUCAUUUGUUAGUCUUACAAAUGUCUUUAAUUGUUGAGUUUCUAUUGUCACAUGUAUGUAGAAUGUAUAAAUUUGAUACGUGAUUUGGUCCGAUUUGAAAAAAAAAUUAUAUGGAGCCCUCUCACACACAUUGGUCAGAUUUAUUCAUUUUUUAAAACUAUUUUUUAUUUAAAAUCCUUUAAAACAUCAGUUGACAGAUAGCUUGUUUUAAUUAAUUAUUUAUUUAAAUAUUACCUAACUUAAAAAAAAUCAAUUAUUUAAUUGUUUGAAAACUCUUUUACUUUAUCUUUAAAAUAUUUUUUUUAACUGAUAGCUUUUCUUACCUGAAUUCUUUAAAACUUUCAACCCACAUUUAUUUAUUUUUAUCUUAUUGUUUGAAAACCAUCUUUACAUAAAUUGUUUAAAUUUUGAGUUAGGAUAUAACUUAUCAAAUUCAUGUGUAUUGUUUCAAAGAAGUUGUGAUUUUUUUUAUAUAUUCCAAAGUAUUAGUUACUUCUGGCUUUUUGUUCUGAGUUUUGUUUUCCAAGUUUUUGCUAGAAAUUACAACUUGUUGUUUUGUAACUCACAUUUUUAAACUUUUACUGCUUUCGUAAAAAUCUGGCUUUUAUAUGCUUUUUUUUUUUUAAAUUAAGAAUUUUUAUAACAAAUUAAGGCAUUCUUAGGACAUUCUUAAAUUAUAGUUCAUUGAGUAAUGUAAUAUAUUU